AUGGAGGUGCGAGAAACCAUCAAGUCCUUAAACUCAGGUAAAUCCCCUGGCCCUGAUGGUUUUUCCUCUGAAUAUUACAAGGCCAAUGCUCUGCCCAUUGAGAGCAGCACAGCCUGGUUGCCCACCCCUGUUGUUCCUGGGUCAACCGAGUCUGCUGGGUCACCUGAGUCUUCGGGUUCUUCUGAACCACCUGAAUCUGUUCCUGUGUCUUCUGAGUUUCCUGAGUUGGUGGUUUCAGUCCCUGUUCCAGAGUUGGUGGUCCCAGUGUCUCCUGAGUUGGCGGUCCCAGUGUGUCCUGAGUUGGCACUCCCAGUGUCUCCUGAGUUGGCACUCCCAGUGUAUCUUGAGUUGGCGGUCCUAGUGUCUCCUGAGUUGUCGAGUCCCGAGUUGGCGGUCCUUGAGGUUCGUGAGUUGGCUGUCGUUGCCUCCACAUCUCCUGGGACGUCACCCACUGCCUUCUCAUCACCUGGGUCGUCACCCUUUGCCUCCUCAUCGCCUCUGUCACCUGCGUUCACCGUCAUUGACACACUGGCUCCGUCAAUCUCUGCCGGCUCUUCGUCUGCUCCCGUCUCCUCCCUUGGCUCUUCAUCUGCUCCCGCCUCCUCCCAUGGGUCUUUGUCUGCUCCCAUCUCCUCCCUUGGCUCUUCGUCCGCUCCCGCCUCCUCCCUUGGCUCCUUGUCUGCUCCUGCCUUCUCCCUUGGCUCCACGUCUGCUCCCGCCUCCUCCUUUGGCUCCAUGUCUGCUCCCGCCUCCUCCUGUGGCUCUAAGUUUGAUCCUGCCUCCUCCCGUGGUUCCACAUCUGUUCCAGUUGGGCCUCGCUGUAGAUGGUCACCUGGCCUUCGUCCGGAUCUCUUGCCCCAUGUUGGAUGGUCUUUGGGCCAUCCCCUUGAACUGUGUGUUUUAUCUUUGUGCUUUGUUGUGUUGUGUCCUUGUUUCCCCGAGUCUCGCCCCUCUCCUUUUUUCAAUGUCUGGAGCCGUUAUUAAGGGGAGGGUCCUGUCAUGAUCUGUGUGUCUUUGCUUUAAUUUUCUAAUUUUUCAGUGUUCCUCUGUGUAUCUCUGCCCUGAUCCAGCCCCACCCAUGCUCGGGUUUCCUCUUGUGUCUCCUCCAGGUGUUUCUUGUUGUCCUUAAUUAGUUUGCCUUUAUAUUCUGUGUCCUGUCUUCAGUGUUUGUCUGAUCAUUGUUUUGUGCUGUGCUGUCUUCCGUGUCCCUCCUGAGUCCUAGUAAGUUUUUGCUGCCACAACAGUCCUCUUUUAGUUCUUAAAAUAAACAUUUUGUUACAUUUUGGAUUUUGCUUGUGCCCUGGGUUAUUUCCCUGCCUGCACCUCACACAGUCACUCUGUCCAAGAGCCGGACGGCUUUGUGCACACUCUGACUUCCUAACUCAAACAAGGAAGACAGUUGUGGUUCUCUUUGGAGAAUCUCAGCUCUGGGGCUGUAAAUUUCAUCCCACGAGCCAAUUAGGGUGGAUUUUACAGCCAGGGAGCCUACAAGUCUGUCGGUUUCCCACCCGAGGCUUCGAGGCUUCAAGCCUCCAAGCGUGUGUUUUUACUUUCCGAUGGGAAGAUGAUUUUAUUUUGAUGGAGAAACAGGAUACGGCUUGCAUUUUUCUGGCUUGGCUGAAACAGACGCAAAGUUACCUGAAAAUAACACCUGUUCGCCAAUGACCGGUAAGCAAGCCGACAACAGUUCACUGACUGAUCGGAGGCAAGCCAAGUUUGAUGUGUUUGGGUGACGUGUCCUGUGGAACUAGUCGAGAAAAGACGUGCAGAUCCGGUUGACUCACACUUUGGUAAAAGUAAAGUAGUAGAAAUACUAACAUUACUUUCCUCCUUUUCUUGUGUCUUGAUUUGCCAAAACUUAAG